UUUUUUUUCAUGAUUUUAACUGAUGAAGCUCAUACAUAUCUAAUAACCAAACGAAAAACAGGAAUUCUGACCCAACUUUGAGGCAAUCUGGGAAACACUGGCUAAGAAAAUGUGUUUGUUCAGGUAAAUUAUCAAGUAAAAGCGGUUUUUUUGUAGAGGAUGGGGAAGCAAUAAGAUGCUUCACCUCAAUGUCUCCUACGACGCUAGAAGUUACAAAUUCACAUCCUUACAAACAACCAAUAAAGGUGAAAUGACUAUUAAAAUACGCAAUGAUGAUAAGGGUGUGAAUGACAAACUACUGAUCGCGGAAACGCUGGAUGUUUUUAAUAAAUCAUUUUUGUAGUGUACGCCUUCUUUCUCGCUAUUGUCUUCUAUGUUUGGACUGUUCACGACAUUCGUUUUGUAUUUUCCUAAAUGUCGAACGACGACAAUGGAACUAAGAAUGAGAAUCGAAGACAUAAAAUUUAUUCUUUGUUGGACCAUGAUUGUUCGUCAAUAUGUGAUACAAUGUAAUGUUGCUUAUAUAACCUACUGUCCAUGCAUGGGUCGGCUUGGAAACCAGAUAGAACAGUUCCUAGGUAUGAUUGCAUUUGCAAUUAAACUAAACCGUACUCUUGUUUUGCCUCCAUGGAACAUUAUGUCAUCUUUACAGGCUAAUUUUGUGCCUUUUGGGAACUUAUUUAACAUCACUACACUUCUAUCAGUUCAUCAGUUUGUUUCACUGGAAAGUUUUAUGUUGAAUGAUGCUCCUGUCAUCUGGCCAGCAACUAAACGUAUAGCGUUAUGCUUUCGACCUAGAUCGGGUCCUUUAUUUAAUGAUUGUAAUGCUAAAAACGGGAAUCCUUUCAAAGAAUUUUGGGAUAAAUUUAAUGUCAGUUUCACAGGCUCUAGUUUCUAUUUUCCUCUAAGUGCAGAUGAUCCUAAAGAGAAGUGGGAUCAGUUAUUUCCUUCAGAAACUUACCCAGUUCUUGCAUUCAUUGGACCGCCUUCGUCUUUCCCUGUUCGUCCUGAAAACCGUGUAUUCCAUCGUUAUUUAGAAUGGAGUAGUCAUAUUAAUCUAGUCACCGAGAAUUUUAUAAAUCGAUGGUUAAAUAAACCUGUAGUUGGAGUUCAUUUACGUAAUGGAGGGGAUUUUUCAAAUGCUUGCUCACAUUUAAAAAGUGGUUUACGUAUCUUGUUCUCAAGUGCUCAGUGCCAUGGUGACUUUAAUGAACUUCCUCCUUACAAAGUAACAGAAGAUAUGUGCAUUCCCUCAAAAGAAUUAGUUCUUCAAACAAUUUCGUACGGUGUUCGUUUAAUUAAAGCAAAAACUAUAUAUGUAUCUACUGAUAAUGAUCCUAUGUUGUCAUUAAUUCGCCGUCACUUUAGUGAUACAACUGUAAAACGUGUUGUGUGGGAACCUAAUAGAAAACCUGAAGAAGAUUUGGCAUUGUUAGGUAGAAUCGAUUUAGCUAUCCUCAAUUGUGUGUCAACUUACUCUGCUGCGGUGAAACGUGAAAGAGAUGCAAAGAAUUUACCCAGUAUGUUUUUCGGAUUAACUAUUGAAAAUCAAAGAGGAUUGGAAGUAUUGUGCAAUUCCACAAAUAAAGCUGUCAACUACUGGUGGUCGAAACUGUACCAAAAAUAAGUUCUUAGUGUAUCAUAAAUAUCACCACGAUUGUAAAGCUCAAAUGUGGAGGUUGGGGAAUUGUGGGUUCAUCAACGUUGCAGUUUGUACGAGGUGCUAUUUCUAAACAGAAUAUAACAGUAGUAGACUCAUAGUACAGUACUAAAACAAACCCACUUGUUAAUUUAUUGGUAUAUCUGCAUAAAUGUUCUACCACAUAUUUUGACGGACUGUAUUUAUUUAGUAACCGAAACUGAGUAGUAUAUUAUCUGUAAAUCU